AAGAGUUCGAUCACGUGAUCACGCAGUGGCCGUCGGAAGAACAACUUCCGUCAGGCCCAGUAUACGAAAGACAUUCGAUAAAUAUCAACAAUCAUCGACUUCUUUAUAUGUUCAAUCUUAGUUUAUAGCUCUGAUAUAGUAUCAGAAGUCAAGAUGAUUAGCAUGUGGAAAAUACGAGAGUUGACGGAUAAGGUCACAAAUGUGGUAAUGAAUUAUUCAGAAGUGGAGACAAAAGUGCGGGAAGCAACUAAUGAUGAUGCCUGGGGCCCUCAUGGGCAGCUAAUGAAAGAGAUAGCUCAGUACACAUUUACGUAUGAACAUUUUCCAGAAGUCAUGGGUAUGCUGUGGAAACGCAUGCUUCUUGAAAACAAAAAAAACUGGAGGCGAGUAUACAAGUCACUCAUUCUUCUGUCCUAUUUGGUAAAAAAUGGGUCAGAACGUGUGGUUACCAGUGCUCGUGAACAUAUUUAUGAUUUACGCAGACUAGAAAGCUACACCUUCACAGAUGAAAAUGGCAAAGAUCAAGGUCUUAAUGUUCGACACAAAGUAAAAGAACUUCUUGAGUUUAUACAAGAUGAUGACCGUUUACGUGAAGAGAGGAAGAAAGCGAAAAAGACAAAGGAUAAAUAUGUUGGGGUGUCAGGUGAAAUCCAGGGCGGUGUCAGCAAAUACAGUGAUCGAUAUGAUGAAGAGCCAAGGAGGGGCCGGCGAAUGGAGGAGAUAGAAGAGUGGGACCAUGGGAAGAAGUCAGUAGUAGGAGAAGCCAUCGACAAAGCCAAGGACUUGUGGCAGCGAGCAUCUGGCCGGCGCGGCCCUGAUAAGUAUGACUAUGAAGAGGAACGAAAUGAUGAUGACCGGGACAAGGGACGUGAAUCUGAUUUCCAUGACCAUGAUUGGGAUCGGGAUUCAGACCGCAGCAGAGAUAGACACCGCAGCCGGGAUGAUUGGAAUGACCGUGACAGAGAUCGUGACCGUCAGUUCAAAGAUGAAUUUCGAGAUGAUGAUGAAUAUACUUCUGUAGAGCGUACACAGACAACACAUACAGAAAAAAUCACUACCAAUCGCCGCACACGUUCUAUAGGGAAGAAACUGGACUUAGGAGCUGCCUCAGUUCUGGGCAAAGAUGCAGACACAAAGAGUCAGACAAGUGACAUAGCACCUACAACACCUGCAGGACCUAACUUAAUAGAUGUAGGAUUGGCCUCUGGAAAUAAUGGUGUUGAGUCUUUUGCUGAUUUCAACACUUUUCAAAGCAACAGAAGUGCCAGCACUGAUGACUUUGAUCCUAGGGCAGCAGGACAAACAGUUGCCACCAGUGGUGAAUUUGGUGACUUUGCUCAUUUCCAAACAGCUAAUGCUGGAUCACCCACAGGCAGUCAAGGAUUUGCAGACUUCAGUCAGUUCAAGGCAGCUAGUAAUGGCAGCACAUUAGCUCCAAUGACAGACAAGAGUGCCAGCAGUGCUGGUUCUGCUGGUGAUCUCCUAGAUGUCUUUUCACCAGCAACAGCGAACACAUCCUUAUCAUUGAAUCUAAAUGCUAACACACAGGUGUCUAUGUCGGCAGCUAUGAACAUGCCUAUAAUGGGAGGACAAAUGGCUGGCAUUGGAAUGGGGAUGCCCAUGACCAUGCAACCUGUCAUGUCAACAAAUUUGAUGCCUCAGACAGGAGGGAUGGGAACUCAAGGUGGGAUGUUCCCCCUCGCCCCUCUCACACCUGCCUCAGCAGGUUGGGCCAGCUCGCAGGAAAUUGCCACAACUGUCAGUACCACAGAGACAGUGGUCACUUCCUCCAAGAAGACCAUGCCUAGCACAUGGUCUGAUUCUAAAGUGGAUAUCAGUCUAGAUGCUUUGAAUCCUGCUGCUCGCCAGAAUAAGAUGGUUACACCCAGUUUGAACCAGAUGCAGCAGCAAAUGACAAGUCCAGGUUUUGUAAGAUGGUACGAUGUUGCAAAUACAGGACUUGCUUCUCCAACUGGCAUGAUGCGGACAAACAUGGGACAAGGAAUGGUGGCAAAUACCAUGAUGGCCCCAGGCAUGAUGGGAGGGCAAGGCAUGGCACCAGGCAUGAUUGGAGGGCAAGGCAUGGCAGGCCUGGCUCCAGGAUUUGCUGCCAUGAGUCUGCAGAGCCCUACAGGCAUGCCCAUGAUGGCCCCACAUCCAAUGAUGGGACAACCUAUGGGCUAUGGCAUCCCACCAGGAAUGACCAUGACAGCUGGCAUGAUGGGUGGCCUGAAUACCAGCCCUAUGGGCAUGACAGCUCCAAGUGCCAUGCAGUCUUCUUUUCAGCAGCGUACAGAUCAAGCCUUUGCAUCAUUUGGCAACAUUAAGAAAUGAAGCAAGUGCUUGAAGAUCACAUUCAAAGACAAGCUCUGCUCACCUGUGAAAAUGUCAUCACACUUUAUGUAUGGGAAUUAUUUAAAGCUGCACUCCGUGCUUGAAAUAUCUGCUGCAUCUAAUGUUUAGUGAUGUGUGUCUGUGACAGGGGAUGAGUAGGCAUGGAAAGGCUUGGGACAUGGAGGAAACAUUUAGUUGCUAGUGAACACUCAGUCCAUUGAUCCAUAUUAAUUUAUGAGGCUUAGUCAUCCAUGAAUCAUCACAACCAGCCCUGAAACAUUGAAGGAUGUUGUCAUCUCUUUGCAUGGUGUGGAUGCCUAUGCAACAUAACGUCAGUUUAAGGGUGUAAAGGGAUGACAUUUGCCAAGAAGAUUGAAGAGGCAUUAUUUGUAUUGCUUACAUUCCAUCCUUUUAAUGAAGGAGACAGACUGCAUCCUUUAGCCUUCCCUGUGAUUUUGUGACAAAAGCUGCUGUCUGAGUUUCGUAACACUACAUUGUCAGCAUCAGUGCAUCUGUCAACAGGACUGGAUACAAUUCAAACUCAGGAUGUGUCAUCCUGUUAUUGUGAUACCACUACUACACCUACUCUUGCAUGCUUUGGUUUAGCUGACCUUAUAUUUCUGUUGGCCGAGUGUAGCUGUGGUUGUGAACAAGCUGUUUUAGGUAAUUAGUGUUACUGCCUGAGAACACAAUUUUGCCUCUUAAGGUUUGAUUUCUAACUUCAGAUUACCUUUUGUUCCCGUACAAGUUCAUGGUGGGAUUUGAUCUGGGUAACUAUUAUGGGAUUUCUGUUGUCACUUAAUUUUUAGCUACCUUUUUACGUGUUUAUGAUUGCUGUUGGUAUGGUUGUUCAUUAUGGCCAGUUGGAUAGUUAUGAUUAUCCUACUGUUAAAAUAACUCAAUUAUCAUAGUCUGGAACCUCCUAUCAAAUCUGCAAUAAAAACUUGAAACCAGCACGUAAAGACAAUGGUUCAUUACAAGACGUCUAAAAACAAUUUACAUGAUCUUCAUGAAAAAAAUUUUUUUUAAAAACCCUUAUUGUGAAAAAAACUUUUUCUAAUUCUGCACCCAAAGAAGGCAUUUCUAACUGUGGGGAAUUUUUGAUGGAGUGGAGAAUGGUAAUGUGAAAUAUUUUUAUGUUAUGUUGUCCUUCAGUAUGCAAAAGUAUAUCAUACACCAGGUGUCUGUAAAGAAGCAUAUACAAUUCUAGGAGUGAAUGUGUGUUUGUAUUAAAACAUGAUGGGCAGGUUAUGAGACCCACUCAAUACCACAGCUUGUCUUGUAUUUGCUGCUAUAUUGUUGGAAGGAAUUAAGAUUUGUGCAGAGAUUUGAUGGCAUCAACCUAACAAAUACUUAAACCAGUUGUUUGCAAACCACAUUUGUGACAUCUACUUUUUCAGUCAGCUGUCAUUGAAAUAGAAUCUAAGCCACUGCAUUUGCUUAGAACUGAUGGACCUUUACAUGUGGACUGUUUGCCAUCAGAGAGUACUCAAAUUGGGAUGUUUUGCUGUAAUAUAGCCUUAGUUGCUGACUGUAAAACACCAAUUUCUCUCUGCAGUAAACAAUGGGGGCAUUAUUCCCAAAGGUUAUACCAUACCAUAUUACACAUUACCCAUAGUGUACAAGGAAAUCAUAAUUUGUGCCAUUUCCAAUUAACAGGGGCAUCUGAAAACCAGGGGCUUUGUUGAGUUUUUAACAUUCUUCAGGAUGAGACUCAUUGCAAAACAUCUGCAGUGAUGUUGAUUUGUUCUCAAGACUAAUUUAUGAAAAGCUCGCCCUUGUGUUUAUUCAUUAUGUAAGCUUUGGCUGGUGUUUUGUCAGUAACAGAUUUUUAAUUUCACUCCAUUUCAUACACUUUUGAGCUUUCAGACCGCAGAAAUGGCAGCACCUUCUGAAAGAUAAGGUGAAAAAAAGAAGAGGACAGUUCCAUUCCACCCAUAUCUAAUUGUCUAUGCAGAUGUAGUCAGAAUACUUCAAAGGGUGGAGGGAGGAAUGCUAAUAUUCCAGUGUUUUUAAAUUGUCUUUCUGUAAUUCUGUGAAAGUUGUCCAUCUUGAAUGGUGUGUUGACAAAGUGGCGAUGGAUGGUUGCUUUAUGUUUCAUACUUUAUGUUUACCCAUAAUGGUGCAGGUUUGCAGUACAUGCUUAAAUAUGUAGAUGUUUAUCAAGAUGUUUGUCAUCAUUCUGGUACAAUUUCAGGAGCACAAGAAAGUGACAAGCACUCAAACUAUGAUUGGGAGUUAAUAUAUGUACUUGACUGGCACUUGUACAGUUAAAGAUUAUAGAUUCUAUCUGUACAUGUUUAAACAUGUUGUUGAGUUUUAUCAUGCAUUCAAUUACGAAAUUAUCUACAACCAGAUUAAAAGAUAUAGUUGUAUAUAGCCAGC